ACGUGGGCCUGGACUGCUGGGCGGGAAACCCUAGCGAGCGUCGUGGCAGGUGGGCGGUGAUGAAGAAAGGGAGGAAGCCCCCGCUUGAGGGUAGACGCCACGGCCUUCGCUCCCGCGUGUUGGGGCCCUGCCUUCCUGCGCUUGGAAACUCCGACUUGCGAGCCGUGGUCAGAGAGGAGCCUGGAGGGGCCACCUAAGCUCUGCACAAGGAAUUCCUCCAGCUCUGUAGACGAAAUAUAAGGAAAAAGAAUAUAGACAAGCAUGGAAAGUGAAGACACAAAGAAAACACAAGAAAUGAAGACUGACCUGAACUUAUUAUUGGAGUGUCUAAAGUAUCAAAUGGACAAUGCUGUUUCACAAAAGGAAGCUUUGGUCACUAUUCAUUCAAUUUGUCAACAAAACAGUAAUGCAAGUGUUUAUUUUCGGGAAAUUGGUGGUUUGAUGUUUGUAAAAAAUCUUGCAAAGUCAAGUGAACAUAGCAUGGUAAAAGAAGCAGCCUUAUAUACAUUAGGAGCUAUUGCAGAAAAAAAUGUUUACUGUCAGCAGACUUUGUGUACUUCAGAGUUAUUUGAAGACUUAACUUGGUUCUUAUCUAAUGAUUCAAACAUAAAUUUGAAAAGAAUGUCUGUUUAUGUUAUUUUGGUUCUGGUUUCAAAUAAUAGGACCGGACAAACACUUGUGAGAGAAACAGGUUGUAUUACAGUUCUGUCACGGUUAUUCAGGACAGUUAUUUCAAAAUAUGAGUUGGAUUUGUCAGAUAAAAAUGUUUUCCAGAGUUAUCAGUUGUGGUCUUCAGUGUGUAGUACUCUGUGUGUCUGUGUCAACAAUCCUCAAAAUGAUGAGAAUCAAAUGUUUUGCUGUUCACUUUUUCCACAUGCUAAUGAAUGGCUAAAAAAUUGCAUGAAACCUGAGAUAAUUCGCCCUAUUUGCUCAUUUAUUGGACUCACUCUUGCAAAUAACACAUAUGUUCAGAAAUACUUCGUAUCUGUGGGUGGACUGGAUGUAUUGUCUCAAGUUCUCGUGCAACUGGAAUCUGAUUCACAUGAGACUCUUUCCAGUGCUAAACUUGCAGUGGUUGUGACAAAGACUGUGGAUGCAUGCAUUGCUGAUAAUCCUACUUUUGGGAUAGUACUCUCCAAGUACCACAUUGUUUCAAAACUUCUGGCAUUACUGCUUCAUGAAAGUCUGGAUUCAGGAGAAAAAUUUAGCAUCAUGCUUACUCUUGGUCAUUGCACAGAGGAUUGUGAGGAAAAUCAGUAUGACCUUUUUAAAAACAAUGGGCUUCCACUCAUGAUUCAAGCCUUAACUGAAUCUCAGAAUGAGGAACUGAACAAAGCUGCCACAUUUGUGCUUCACAACUGCAAAAAAAUUACUGAGAAAUUAUCUCUAAGUCUAGGAGAAUAUCCUUUUGAUGAAAAUGAAACACAGCAAUUAAAAGACAUAAAUGUGAAAGAGAAGAAUCUUGAAGAGCACUGGAGGAAAGCAAAGGAAAUUCUACACAGAAUAGAGCAGCUUGAAAGAGAAGGAAAUGAGGAAGAAAUACAAAGAGAAAACUGUCAGGGUAAUAUUUCAUCUAUGAACAUGAGUAUUCAGAAUACAUGGAAACAUCUCCAUGCAGAUCAUAUUGGUCGAGCUACCAAAGCAGAAGAUGAGGAUAAAAGCCAUUCUAGACAGUUUCAGAGUUAUAAGUCCCAUGGAGUCAUGUCUAAAGCAUGUACAAAUGAUGACCAAAUGAAGACACCAUUGAAGAGUGCAAAUCCAGUCCAUGCUUGUUAUAGGGAGAGUGAGCAAAAUAAGUCUUUAUAUAAAGCCAAGUCAAGCUGCAAUCAAAACUUACGUGAAGAAACUACUUUUGAAAAGAAUUUUAUUUCUCAAUCAAGUGACCAUGUUUUUAAACACCCAGUUCACAUUGCCAAAAAUAUAAAGCAGCAGUUACCAGUAACAGAUCCAUUUACAUUAUGUUCAGAUAUAAUAAAUAAAGAAGUAGUCAGUUUUCUAGCAACUCCCAGUUGUUCCAAAAUGUUGACGUAUAGGUGCUCAGGUUGCAUAGCAGUAGAAAAAUCCCUGAAUAGCCGAAACUUUAGCAAGCUCUUGCACUCUUGCCCAUACCAAUGUGAUCGUCACAAAGUCAUUGUGGAAGCUGAAGACAGAUAUAAAAGUGAACUAAGGAAAUUACUUAUCUGUAACAAAAAAAUUCUGCUGACCCCACGUAGAAGACAACGACUCAGUAAUGAAUCUACUACCCCUGGAAGAAUAAAAAAAAGAAGAGUUCGCAAAAACUUUACUGAAGAAGAAGUAAAUUACCUUUUCAAUGGAGUUAAGAAAAUGGGAAAUCACUGGAAUUCAAUUUUGUGGUCUUUCCCCUUUCAGCAAGGACGGAAGGCUGUGGACCUUGCUCACAAAUACCGCAAGCUGACCAACAGCCCCAUGUGUGCAGCUUCUUCUUUGGAAGAAGACUGUCAGUUUAGUUUGGAUUUUUAAAAUACAGUGCCUUGAAAGAUACAACAUUUAAAGUAUUUUUCUAAACUCUCAUGAGAAGGAAUGUGGAAAUGAGGACACAGUUUUUAUUAAACAGUUUUUGUGAUGCUGAAACUCAUCAAGUUAUUACAAUGAUUUAUAAAGCAAAUAUAUCUCCAGUGCACAGAUUAGUAAGAUAAAAUUCCUUUGUAAGAUCAAACAUUUGUUUAGGAAUAUGCUUUUAUUUUUCCUUAAGCUUAAAUGACAUAAAGAAUUAUCAGCCUUUAAACGUUAUUUGACAUUAUAUUGCAAUAAAUACUAUGUGAGA